AUGAAUGAUGUUUCUAGAAUUUUCCCGGGAUUUUAUAUCGGAUCAUUGCCAGCAGUAAAUAGAAAUACAUUGGAUAAAUAUCAAAUCACACAUGUUUGCAGUGUUUUAAAUGAAUUUCAACCAAAAUGGACAAAGAUUUACAAAUAUUUACAUAUUGACAUCUAUGAUAGUCCAUCGGUUGACAUUAUGAAAUAUUUUGAUAAAACUUUUCAAUUCAUUGAAGAAGGUAGAAAAGAUGGUGGUGUAUUAGUUCAUUGUUUUGCAGGAAUAUCAAGAUCAGCUACAAUUUGUAUUGCAUAUAUUAUGAGAAAAUUAAAUAUUUCAUUUGAAGAUGCCCAUGGUUUAGUAUCUGAUGCUAGGCCAAUCAUUUACCCAAAUGAAUCAUUUAUCAAACAAUUAAAGAAAUAUGAAUUAAUUUUAAAGAAAAAUAGAGAAAAUCCUCAAAUUGUAGAAAAAGAAAGUGAAGAAGAGGAUGAUGAUGAAGAUGAUGAUGACGAUGAUUAUGAUAGUGAUGAGGAUGAUGAUGAUGAUAGUGAAGAUGAUGACUUUGAAGAGGAGUUUGAUAAUGUAGUUAAAAAGAAGAAUAAUAAUAAUAAAAAAGUUAAUGUUAAAAAUACAACCAAAGUUUUUUCAAAUAUUUCAAUUUCAUCUGAACAAACUACCACUUCAACCACUACAGUACCAACACCAACACUAAACCCAGAAACAAAAAUAGAAGAAACUACAACAACAACAACAGCAACAGCAACAGCAACAUUAGUAGAGGAAGUAGUAGAAUCAACAUCACCAAAAGCAACAUUAGGUGAACAUAGAUACAGUUGUAGAAAAUGUUCUAAAGAUUUAUUUUUAGAUUUUGAUAUUUUAGAUCAUGAACAAGGUCAAGGUCAAACAUCAUUUAAAUGGAAUAAAAGAGAUAAUACCACUUGUAAUAAGAGUGUGGGUGCAAAUGGUGAACAAAUUGAAGAUCAAAAUAAAGUUAUUUGUACCUCUUAUUUUAUUAGUGAAAUUGAAUUUUCACUCUCUCAAACUUAUUCAGGUAUGGAAGGUAAAUUAUUUUGUCCAUCUUGUAAUGAAAAAUUAGGUUCUUGGUCUUGGAGUGGUGAACAAUGUUCUUGUGGUGCUUGGAUCGCUCCAAGUUUUCAAAUUCCAAAAACAAGAGUUGAUGAAAAGAAAGUUCUCAAAUAA